UAGGAUUUUUUCAGUGCUGUCCUGGAACUUCAAGGGCAGCCCAGGAGGUGAAUCCAACCUGUUGAGCGUUAAUGCUGAAGGCACAAAGCCCGUGACGUCGCCCCCGCGUGGUACCAGGAGGCGUUAACAGUCAUCCAGAAAGGGGGCGAGCUGGCCGCCUCACAGGCCGCCUCACAGCCUCAAGAUCUGUGCUGUGGAAACAGGAUUAUCUCUGUUCUAGGAUUAUGAAAUCAUCCACCAUGUCCCUCCUGUAAGAACAGUGCCAUCCUUGUUUUAAAACACCUGCAAGAAAGGACAUUUUGCUUUUCCACUAAUAAAGCAAAUAUUUCAUUCUGGUGCGAGAACCAACAAGACAAUGAUAUUGACAAGUGUAUGCUUCAUGUUGCUGCUACAGCAUGCUGCUGGCAUGAUAAACACCUCAUAUAUCUUUUUAUUGAGCCAUCAUCCAUCAAUUCAAGUGGAGAUUCUUAAUAAGCACAAUGAUCUUAGGAGGAUGGUAAAGCCCAGUGCUAGAAACAUGCUUAAAAUGACAUGGAAUGCAGAAGUUGCAAAGAAUGCUGAAACUUGGGCAAAGAAGUGCAUCUUCUCUCACAGUCCUAACGAUCAACGAAAAAUUAACUUUGCUGGUUGUGGGGAGAAUUACUUCUUGUCCAGUGAUCCCAGAACAUGGUCAAAUGUAAUCCAAUCUUUGUAUGAUGAAGUUAAAGAUUUUAAAUAUGGAUUAGGAAAUAUUCGAGCAAAUGCUAAAACUGGCCACUAUACUCAGCUUGUUUGGGCCACUUCCCAUCAGCUUGGUUGUGCAUUAGCUCACUGUCCUCACAAGAAGUACAAAUAUUUCUAUGUUUGCCAGUAUUGCCCCGCGGGAAACGAUGUGAGAAAAAUGAAGACACCAUAUAAAACAGGAAAGCCAUGUGGUGACUGCCCUGGUCAUUGCGACAAUGGACUUUGCAAAGAUUUCAACAAAUUCAAGAUGACUCUGGCUGUUUAUUCAUAUGGAAGAGUGGGUGCUAAAAUACAGAGCAGAUGUUUGAUGUAUGCACUCCAUCUGCUCUUAUGUCUGGUAUCUGUUCUCCAUGACUCCAUACAACAGGAAUGGAAGUCUCAAGCUGCCAAAUCAGCUCAAAGUACAACAGAGAAAUGUAAGAUGGAAAACAGUUCACCAGACAAAAGGGAAGAGGAUGGUAAAUCAUAUGGGGAAAACAAAUUUAAGUCACCUAAUGCUGUCUCCUGGGAAUACGUUGUCUCUGAAUGGAUUAAACAGAAAGUUAAUUUCUUUUAUGGUAUUGGAGCCAUUUCACCAGAAGCUUCAGUUCAUUCUUAUGUCCAGGUGAUCUGGUAUAACAGUUAUGAAAUUGGAUGUGGUGUUGCUCACUGCCCAAGUGAUGAAUACUUUUAUGUCUGCCAUUAUUGCCCAUCAGGAUACAAUCCCGGAUUAAUAUUUGCGCAUUAUGAUGAAGGCUCUGAAUGUGGUCACUGCCAGAACGAUUGCAGCGAGGGUUUGCGUACUAACCCUUGCAGAUAUGACAAUAAAGGUGACAACUGUGAUAGUUUACUCGACAAAUGUGGUGAUGAAGAAGUACACACCACUUGUGAGGCUACAUGCAAGUGUAUCAACAAUGAAAUAUUAUAA